CCUCCAACUUAACUCUCCACUAUCCUACUCUGUUAACCCAAAACAUGUUCCCUCCUCCUCCCUCUCUUUCCCAAACCCUAACCCUAAUUUUCACCAAUGUCAAAACCCACAACCCCAAUCAAGCCCUCUCCCAAUUUAUCAUCAUCUUCCCAUUUUACCCUCAGAACCCACUUCAAAUUACACCCUCCUCUUCCCUCCAAACCCAACAAACCCUCUAUCAAUAUCCUCUGUUCACAAAACCCACAAUCCACAAACCCUAACCCCAAUCAAAACCUAACCCUAAACUCGAUUCUCCAUGCAAUCCCCGAUUGGGCCGAUAAAAUUAAAGAGAGGGGUAUGAAGAAGAGUAGGUCUCUGUACAGCCAUGAAAAGUGGUUAGAGCAUAGGAGUUCUAGAAGGCACAUUAGGCAUUUUCUUUCGAGCCUUUCGUCUCGGGUGAUUCUCUCUCUUGUGCCUCCAGUGAUCGCUUUUACUUCAUUUGCUGUGCUAAUUGCUGGCUACAAUUCAGCGGUUUUGGUGCAUUGGUUACCGGAUUUUUUCCCAGUUUUGAAGGCUUCAUCGUUGCCGUACCAGUUGACAGCACCAGCUUUAGCGCUUUUAUUGGUUUUUAGGACAGAGGCGUCAUAUUCGAGGUUUGAGGAAGGGAGGAAGGCUUGGACUAAGGUGAUUUCGGGGACGAAUGAUUUCGCCCGCCAAGUGAUUGCUAGUGUGGAAAGCUCAAAUGAUGUAUCCCUAAAGAAGGCUCUUUUGCAGUAUAUCAUGGCCUUUCCAGUUGCCCUCAAGUGCCAUUUAGUUCAUGGCUCAAAUGCUGGGCAAGACCUACAAAGUUUGCUUGAAGUUGAUGAUCUAGCAGUAGUUCUCCGUUCAAAGCAUCACCCUCGCUGCAUUAUCGAGUUCAUCUCCCAAGGUCUCCAGUUGCUAAAUUUAGAGGAGUCUAAGCGAAAUCUAUUGGAGUCAAAAAUCUCUUGUUUCCAUGAAGGUAUUGGUGUUUGUGAACAGCUCAUAGGCAUACCAAUCCCUCUCUCGUACACGCGCUUGACCUCGAGGUUUCUAGUCCUUUGGCAUCUUACUCUUCCCAUUAUACUUUGGGAUGAUUGCAACUGGAUUGUUGUUCCGGCUACUUUCGUUAGUGCUGCUUCAUUGUUCUGCAUUGAAGAAGUUGGUGUUCUUAUUGAGGAGCCCUUUCCAAUGCUUGCCCUUGAUGAGCUGUGUAAGUUGGUUCACGACAACAUACAGGAGGCGAUCGCUUCUGAGAAAAUAAUUCGAGCACAACUCAAUGCAAAGAGGAAGCGCCAUUCUAGUGAGCACUCCCCAAAUGGCCGGCCAAGUUCGUAGGUGGAUGCGAAACUUGGGUUUUAAAAGAUCCUCACAAAUUCAUUGUCGAACAUUUUUUUUUUUUUUUUUUUUUUCAUAUCUGCCAGAUAUGGAAGUUAUCGAUCCAUGCUAUAUGUAAUUGAAAGUAGGCCUCUUAGUUAGAAGCUUAGAGCUAAGCACAUACAAAUUUGUAAAGAUUGGUGCUUAUAUGUAUAUAUGAUAGAAUCUUGCUAUAGAAAAAUGCAUUAUUACUGUUCUUUUACUU